AUGAGACACUUCACUCCCCAUGUCUCCUCAUCACAUGGUUCCGAUUCUUCCAAUGCAACCCAAUACACGCCAAACACUUGCUUCUACUACCCGUAUGGUGUGUCAGCUAACGGGACGCAUAGCGCCCCUCCAUCAUACGCACCGGUCGCACCUUCGCCUGGUGUCGGUGCUGGAGUCAUGCAUCACGCGUUCCAAACGGGACAAAAUGGUUAUUAUCCCAAUCCAGGAGCCGAUGUCUCGUGUGCCACUUAUGAUGGCCCAUACUCACUGCAAACUGCGGCUACUCAUCCCCCACAAGGCCCAUCCGCGACCCCCCUGUACCAUCAACCUAUUUCUUUUCCAGGAGCCGCAAACCCUUACGCUGCGCUCAUACCGCACCAAGGAUACUUCCACCAGAAUCACGGGCCUGUGCCUGCAACGGGCUCUACUUUUUCGUCUCUCCCUCAAGCGCCAAGUAUCAGUCAAAAGCGCAUCGCGGAACACCUCCAUUACUGCGAUGUCAAGCAAGCCAAAAUAGCUCCCGGCGGAAUGAAGGACGACCCGUUAUUUACCCCUGUGUUAGAUCAACUCGGUCAACCAAACGGGACAUUCGUGUGUUCUAGGGACGGCAUGGUGCUCAAUCCUGGAAGCUAUCUCAAGCACCUUAAGACAAAAAAGCACCUAGGCUUCAAACUAGAGAAAUUCAAGUGCUCUGGUUGUUCCAAAACGUAUACGAGACGCGAUGCCUACAAGCGGCACUUGAUCAAUAGCAAGUGUGGACAGUCGAUAGCUGUGGGCGCUCCGCCGCCAUACUCAGCUAGUCAGAACUCCACGAGUUCUGCUUCUGUUGCACCUGCAAUGGCAUCUACCACUGCGCUCACUUAUUCUCACCCAUACCCCAUGUUCCCCACGUCAAUGUCCCAGAACGUCGAGAUCGCACCCCCAACAGCUUAUAUCUCGCAGUCAUGUGGCACGCCCAGUUUUUCGAAUCCUGAAGUUUUCUCUUCAUCACCAGAGAACAACAUGGUCCCAGAGCCUGCCGAAAACGAUAAUAAUGACGACACUGGUUUUUGGGAGGCUAAUGAGACAAAGGACGGCCAUGAGAUGUAA